UUAUUCUUUUAAUUUUUUCCUCGCACAUAUUCCACCCUCGUCCAUUUAAAAAAACCAGACAUGUUCAUGUAUUUUUAUCGCGUUUAUUUAACAACGAUAUCGAGUUGUUUGCAUUCAUUCAGCAUUGCAUAACGCUAGAAUCGGACCACUUUAGAUGUAAGAUAAGAAUUUUAGCACACGACUAAAGACAAUCAUUAACGUUUAAAAAAACCCACCAUAUGAAUAUACUGAAGUUAUGAUUUGGGCAGAAUAACAUUCACACCGUGGGCCUAUUUUGCUCAGGCAUAUCAUCUGCGUGCAGUAGUGGUGCACUUACUAAUGGGAGCCCAGUGCAACAAGGCAGAUCUGUUCACGCGGCUGGAUGUGGACAAGAACAGCGUCUAACGUGGCGAUGCUGCGUCUCCGUCGCCAGUAAUCUCGAAACCGCGCAGCAAUAUAAAACCGUCAGGGAUGUUCUGACCCGUAUCGGACCGCAGAGGAGUCCAAACGCGGCGUUAGGCAUUCGUGUCGACUCUGACCGCAGUCCCGGAAAUUUGUGCUUUGCCAGCGCAUUGCCUCGCGCGUCUUCCUCCCGCAGCCUGCGCGCCACCGACUGCAGCUGCCUCGGAUCGGCACGCGGAUAAAAUGGGUCCCCGCGCGCGUUCGUUAAUCGCCGUCGUCUGGAUGUUGCUGCUGAACGAUAUUCGGUGUCUGAACGGCGACGAAGACCAGGUUCAAGACACGGAGUGCAAGAUGAAGAGCGUUACCGUAUCCGCCCUGCCGUUCCUGAGGGAGAAUGACCUGAGCAUCAUGCACAGCCCGUCGGCCUCCGAGCCCAAGCUGCUGUUCUCCGUCCGGAACGAUUUCCCUGGCGACAUAGUCGUGGUUGACGACCUGGAAAAUACCGAGCUGCCUUACUUCGUGCUGGAGAUCUCGGGGAACUCUGAGGACAUCCCACUGGUGCGCUGGCGACAGCAGUGGCUGGAGAAUGGAACGCUACUCUUCCACAUCCACCACCAGGACGGGAACGUGAAUGUGCCGGGGCUGGCAGCUACCGAGGACCCCGCCAGCGACAUCGCCGAGGAAGAACUGCGCAUCCUGCACAUCUCCGUCAUGGGUGGCAUGAUCGCUCUGCUUCUCUCCAUCCUGUGCUUGGUGCUGAUCCUGUACACGCGUCGCCGCUGGUGCAAGCGCCGCCGUGUGCCACAGCCUCAGAAGAGCGCAAGCGCCGAGGCGGCCAACGAGAUCCACUACAUCCCCUCGGUGCUGAUGGGCGCACAGGCGCGUGAGAGCCUGCGGAACACACGCGGGCAGGGCGGCGCCGGGGCAGGCACCCUCAGCAUCCGCGAGACGCCCAUCCUCGACGGCUACGAGUACGACAUCACCGACCUGCGGCAGCACCUGCAGCGUGAGUGCAUGAACGGCGGCGAGGACUUCGCCAGUCAGGUGACCCGCACACUCGACUCCCUGCAGGGCUGCAAUGACAAGGCCAGCAUGGACCUCACCCCAGGGAAUGACAAUACAAAACUGUCCCUAAUGAGCAAGUACAAGGAUAACAUCAUAGCCACCAGUCCAGUUGACAACAGUCACCAGCAAAACACGCUCCUCCCACACACCACCUCCACCAACCAGCGCAAGCGCCUGUCCAGCAAAACGCGCGCGGGUUCAGCCUUCCUGAACCCGGAUGGGGACUCGGGCACGGAGGCGGACAGCGAGCCGCAGCUCACCUUCUACACGGACCCCAACCGUAGCCGGCGCCGGGGCAGAGGUAUGAGAAAUGGUAACGCCACCCCAGCCUGGGGCUCCGGGGGCUCUUCCCGUAGUCCCAUUAGUAAGACCACCCUGACUCUGAUCAGUGUGGUGAGCUGUGUGAUUGGCCUGGUGUGCUCCACUCACCUCUCCUGCAGCCUGAACGUGCGAGUCAUCCUUCACGUCCCUGAGCACCUCAUCGCCGAUGGCUCCAGGUUCAUCCUGAUGCAGGCUAGCCAGCUGGAUGCCUCUGAUUGGCUGAACCCAGCGCAGGUGCUACUCUACCACCAGCAGAAUGCCAGUGGACCCUGGAUCCAGGAGCUGUGUGGCCGCCGCCUCCUGGACCCCUGCGAACACCAAUGCGACCAAGAUACAGGCGAAUGUCUGUGCUUCGACGGAUAUAUGAAGGACCCCGUUCACAAGCAUCUUUGCAUCCGCAAUGAAUGGGGCCCAAAUCAAGGACCUUGGCCCUACACCAUUUUCCAGCGUGGCUUCGAUUUGGUCAUGGGAGAGCAGCCCUCUGAUCGGAUCUUCAGGUUCACGUACACACUGGGGGAGGGCAUGUGGUUGCCCCUGAGCAAGAGCUUUGUCAUCCCGCCAGCCGAGCUGGCCAUCAACCCCUCCGCCAAGUGCAAGACGGACAUGACCGUCAUGGAGGACGCCGUGGAUGUGAGGGAGGAGCUGAUGAUCUCCUCGUCCUUCGACAGCCUAGAGGUUUUGUUGGACUCCUUCGGCCCCGUGCGAGACUGCUCCAAGGACAACGGCGGCUGUAGCCGAAACUUCCGCUGCAUUUCGGACCGGAAGCUGGACUCCACAGGCUGCGUGUGCCCCCCUGGUCUCAGCCCGAUGAAGGAUGGCAGCGGUUGCUAUGACCACCAUAUUGGCAUCGACUGCUCUGACGGGUUUAAUGGGGGAUGUGAACAGCUGUGUCUGCAGCAGCUUGCCCCACUAGAGGAGGAGCCCACCCUGUACAACAUCCAGAUGUUCUGUGGCUGCAUUGAGGACUACAAGCGAGGCACGGAUGGGCGUUCCUGCCUGCCGCUGUCGGACGCAUGCCCCGACGGCGCAGACUGCGGUGAGGCUGCCGAUGUGCCGGCCAACCAGACCGUCUUCGGCGACCUCUUCUACGGCUACGAUAACCGCACCAGGGAGAUCACCUCGAGACAGAUCCUGAAGGCCAACUUCAGGCAGAAAAACUUUGCCCGUGGCAUAGAACAGCAGCUUCCAGAUGGCAUGGUGGUGGCGUCAGUUCCUGAUGAGGCCCGGUGUCACGAGGAGCUCUCCGAACCCGUUCCUGACCCGGAAUACCUGACAGGCAUGGUGAACUACAGCGAGGUGUCUGGCUACCCUCUCGUCCAGCACUGGAAACUCCGCUCUGUUCUCUACCAUGUCAAGCUCAGCCAGUGGACCUUCGCCCAAGCGUUUAGUUCAGCCAUCCACUCCCUAGAUGGCGCCACCCUGCGCAGCGACUACACGUCCAUCCUGAAGGAGUUCGGCACCCACUACCUCCAGGAGGCAGUGUACGGCUUCCAGGAGUCCUGCACUAUCUGGUAUCCCAACAGGCAGGUGCAGCACCAGCUGUGGUUGGAGUAUCAGGACAUCAGUAAAGGUAACUCUCCGUCGGACGAGUCUGAGGAGCGGGACAAGGAGGCGCGCACGCUGACCUACCCCGCCUACGUGGCCAGCCUGCUGGACUCGGGGGCCAAGCGCAUGGCAGCAGGGGUGCGUAUGGACUGCAGCUCCCAGGGUCAGUGCCCGCUGGCCUGCCACCUCUGCCACAUGAGCCCUGGGCCCCCGCGGCCUGCAGAGCCUGUGCUUCUCCAGGUGACCAAGGCCACGCCCAUUUACGAGCUCAUCAACAACAACGAGACCUACCAGGCUCUGCAGGAGGCCUUGAUGGGUCUGCUGUGGUGCUCAGGGAAGGGCGACGUCAUCGACGACUGGUGCCGCUGUGACUCCAGCGCCUUCGGCGCCGACGGCCUGCCGACGUGUGCACCCCUGCCCCGGCCCACGCUGCGGCUGUCCCACUCGUACGAGCCAAGCAGCUCAUUGGUCAUUGUGGAGUGGAACCACACCGAGCCACCAAUCGGAGUGCGCAUUGUUGAUUACCUCAUCAGUCAGGAGAAAGUAACAGAACGGACGGACCACACCAAGGUUGAAGCAGAGACCAUGCUGAGCUUUGUGGAUGACAUCCUCUCUGGGGCCAAGUCCCCCUGCAUCAUCCUGGGUGACAUCCCUGACCCACUCAACUCCAUUGCCAUGGUGAUACGCUGUCUGGAGCCUGACAGCACAUACAUGUUCCGACUGUGGGCGGUGGACAACACAGGCCGGCGGUCCAGCCCCAGUGACAUCACCAUCAAGACUCCGUGUCCAGCUGUGGACGAUGUCAAGGCGCAGGAAAUAGCGGACAAGAUCUACAACCUGUUUAAUGGUUACACAAGCGGCAAGGAGCAGCAGACGGCCUACAACACGCUGAUGGAUGUGGGCGCGCCCACGCUGCACCGCGUGCUCCACCACUACAACCAACGCUACGAGAGCUUCGGAGAGUUCACCUGGCGCUGUGAGGAUGAACUGGGGCCCAGGAAAGCAGGCCUGAUUCUGUCUCAGCUUCAUGACCUCAGCGGCUGGUGUCGGGGUCUCCUGCAGGGGCCCAAAAUUGGCCUGCGGAGAGCGUCUCUCAAAUACCUGUCCUGCCGCUACACAGACACCAAGGCCUUUGGUCUCAACUGGGGGGAGCUAGGCCAAGAUUUGCGCAAAGCCUGCGAGGAACAGACUCUCCCUGUGAUGUACAACGACUACGGCGAACCGAAGGAACUCUGAGCUCCUGGAGGACGGCAGGAAACUCCUUCUCCUUCCUCCCCACAACACCUCAGUCCUUGUGUUCCACAGUAUUUGGUUCUAACGUUCCUCCUGCCUCCAUUGGUUUUAUUGUUCUGUCUGUCAGCCGCUACGAGGACAGAAUUCACUCCUGGUUUCUUCUGCAUUUUGCACUGGAGCUACAAAGCUAACACAACGUUCUUAAACAGAGACAUCUGUACCUGAAUCGGACAGAUAACAGAUUUACAAAAACCGUGUAAAGAUAUUUCAGGAGACGCUCAACACUGGAUGCUUUAUGUCGCUUUCAUUUUAAAAAUUACACUGAACAAAAAAUUUACAGUUUGUAGCGUCAUGACCUGCUAACAGGUGGUUUCAUGCCCUCUGUUCUGUUGUACAUUAAAAUAAGUAAGAGUUACAUGGUAGUACAUCAAAAAUAACAACACGUUGAAAUACAAUAACACACAAAAGACAAGACAAAUGACACCAAUGGGGUGCAGAGAUUGUGUAUAGUGUAGGAUUUAAUUGAUAGUUAGUAUGUCAGAUAUAUUUCACAGUCGAAAAAGUUUGGUUACACAUUUCAAACAUGCAGAAGAAGUACAACUUCUGAUCUGACCUUGGUUUGGAUUUCUUGCAUUAGUCCUGGUUCGGGAUAUGGAUUACGGCAGGAUGUAGUUCUGGAGCGGAGAACAGUGCUUGUAAAGUGACGGCGCUGAAUCAUUAGCCCGAACGUUAACACGAAUGCUGAAAAUAUUCUGUUACACAGAUGUGUCUUCCUACCAGGUCACGAAUGAAAGGAGCAGAUUCCAGCAGAGUUGUGUCAGGAGCUGUCGAUGUGCAUGACGAUGUGUAUCAGGCCCAGAGAUGGAGAACCUAAUCGUGUUAUAACGUUUCUAUUUGCAUUUCUCUGUGACUUUGUGAACAUGAACCCAGCGGAUAAGGUGAUGAUAUAAAUACAUUUGUAAUUUUUUUCUGUGCUAGCAAGGCAUUGAUUUGCAGUACUAAUAGCAUAGGACGUUUUUUUCUUGGAGAAUGGAAAUAUAUGCAUUGUUGUCUUCAGGUGAUUAAAGUUUUACUGAGUUCUGUAAAGACUGAA